GCGCGCCGCCGCGGGCUCGGCUAUGUUUUGUGCGCUGUCAAGGUUACUUGCGUUUUAGUCGCAGGAUGUUCCGCUUGUGAACCCGGAAGCCGACGUUGUUGUGGAAAAAUAAGCUGGUGAGCGUUUAGUGAGGCUUAUAUUUCAGAGAUGUUCAACUUCUUCCGGAAAAACCAGGAUACCAAGAAGGUACUGGUGACAGAAAAAGAAGCAGAUGGAUUUGUUCUCCUGAAUAAAAUAAUCAAUGAGGAAAUAAACUCUACAGAUAAAAUUUCAGUGGUUGGACCUGAGUGUGUUCAGGCUUCACAGAAAAGUUCAGACAACCAAUCAAAGUUGACUGAGACAGGCAUUGAAGUGGGGAAAGAGAAAAAUCAGAAUGUCGAAAGCAAUUCUUCUAUGUUGGAACUUCUCAGUGAUGUACCUUUUACUCUUGCACCACAUGUGCUGGCAGUACAAGAUACCUGGAAUGACCUCCCCAGACAGUUGCUUUCCUGUGAUGUCAAUGACAAUCUAACAAGAUUUUGGUAUGAUUUUACACUUGAAAAUUCAGUGUUAUGUGAGUCGUAGUUCUUGCUUCACUUAAUUUAAACAUGCACCUUGAUCAUUUGAAGUAAUAUUCACAGAAGUGUGUUGUGUAACUCUGCUUCUUUGUGACACACCAUUUGAAUAAUGUCUGGUGAAACAUUAAUGUUUUCCAUCUUCUGUGAUGUUCCUUACAAUGUUUUGAAGUAUCUAAACCAAAACUGGCAACUCAGUUACAAUAAAUAGGCAAUAAUUUGAACUCCUUUAAAACAAUGCGAUGGAGUUUUCCUUUAAUUUCAAAUUGGUUAUCAAGGUUUUGACAUUAGUUCAGGGAUCGCCUUUUCAAAGGCAGGGAGUUUUCAGAUUGCAUUAGUCUCACUUGCACUUUGAUUUUAUAAAUGCUCAAUAUAUACAUGAUAGUAAAUUAACUGGGCAAUUUUGCAAGAACGGCCUACCACAUUCUGUAAUAUUAAACAAAACUUUGUGAAAUGUUGAAUAAUUUGUCUGCAUCAACAUAUCCAAUUGACUUUACAUAUCCAUAGCGUGGAUUGCUAUCUCUCAUUUUGGGGUUUUCAUACAGUAUUUCCUGGGGAUUCAGCAGUUUUUCAUUUGCCGUUUAACCUAGUCUCCACAUAUGUUCCUGGUUUAUACAUUGAUCAGUUUUUUCCAUUGAAAACCUCUGUGCCCACUAGAGAGAUAGAAAUCUGGUUAUGUGUAUAUUAUAUUUUCUUACUGGUUUACCACUGUUCGUUUUUCAACAUGUAUGGAUUAAAGAUGAGAAAUUGAUAGGGUUCAGCUAUUGGAAAAGAACAAAUAGUUUCAUGUCCAACUAAAUUAGAUAGUAUCCUAUCCAAAUAUUAAUUUCACAUGUCUUUAUUCCAACUAAAUCCAAGUUGAACUUCUUUUUGCUCAGUGUUGUGACAUGUUAUUAAUUACUAUUUAUUGAGUGCAAGUUUUAUUCAUUUUCUUUUUACAAGGAGUCGGGUGGGAAGGAUACUAUACAUUUACACUGUGCCAAAGAUAAGUCUUUCAGACAAAAUGUGCAACAUGGGUACUCAAAAGCAUAAAGAUUUUUUACAUUAAUAUUGUAUGCUUUUGUGUGAUAUGGUAACAAAUAACAAAUCUGUUAACUCAGUUAAAUUGUUUGUGUAUACAUCCCCCCCCUUUGCAAAACUGAUGAUUUUAUAAAAGUUUGGCAGAUCUAGGUAUGCCAUGUGUGUUUUGAAUAAAAACUAUGAUUGAAUAUGCUAACCCUUCAAAAUCUGGAAAAUAGUGUCCUUGCUUCUUGGGUUAUUUACUGACUAUGUUUAAUCAGGUGGCACAGGAGAUACUAGACAAUGACUGGGUUCAGUGAAAAUGAUAACCAACGGUGUGUAAACAGUCAACAGAUGGUUAUUUAACCCACAGUGGUUUAUUGUGUUGUGUGGAGGGAGUUUUUUAAUCAAUGCUGGUUAUUUGGCUGAAUUAACCAAUGCAAUUAACCAACGCUGUGCAGAGUUGGCUAUUUGAACCACCGUUGGUUAUUGUGUUGUGUGGAGAGCACCAUUGGUUAUUUCCUUGGCCACCAUUGGUUAUUUCAUCAGCCACAGAGAGGCAAGGCAAGAGUGGUCAAAGCGGCGGCAGCUGCUCUAGUCCAGCCAGCAGGAUAGAUUUUCAGCAGCAAUGGCUGAUGGGAUACUAGUGGGAGAACUGAGGGGGGACACCAGGCAGGGGAUGAGAGAGUCAACUCAGCAUGGACUAAUAGUCAACUCAAUGCUGAUCCUAAUGCUGAUUGAUUAUUAUCAUGUUGUGUAGGGAGUACCCCCUAGAUAAACAACUUUAUUAUUACCCAACUGCUACCAUUGUGUCAUCCGAAUGCAGCCAAAGUUUUUAAUAAAACUAGUAAAUGAGUGUGAAUUUUUAUUAAAUAAAUUGAGUGAUCUCUUGUAUCAUCACAUUUUUACUAAAUUCUAUAUGAUUUUGCACAUAUAGGCAUCACAUCUGGACUCUGAAUAUAUUCUAGGAUACCUUUUACUAUACUCAAAGAAAAGAAAUAAAAAGCUUCAAUACAGCAGUUAGAAUGGUACAUCUAUUCUGUAUUUCCUGCCUAGCAAGAACUUAAUCCCAACUAAUGUGUUGUAUGCUGAACCAUUUGUCUUUGAGAUUACUUUGAAAUUAACCAUUAUAUUUUGUCUUGUUUGAAAAGUGACAUGGCCACUAUUGUUAGUUUUAACUCUCAUAAAUAUUUGUCCCUGUUCUACUGUCUCAAAAAUACUUUGUAGCAUAUCAAUAAUAGAUAUAGAUAUACCAAUAUUUCUAAAUCCUUUGCAAGUUAAAUAACAGGAAGACAAGAGGAAAUAUCAAGUCUCUCUUUUUUAUUAGUACGAAGGUUUCCAUUAUAAUUUUCAUUAUACAUAUCAGUAGGUUUUGCAGUGCAUGCUUUUACUGAAACAAACUGGCACAAUGAAGGUGUUGUUGCUUAAGUUGAUUAUAAUUUUGUAUUGUGUUGCUUGUUCUGAACUGCCUUGGAAAUAUAUAUUGGAAAAAGUAAUGUGUUAUAUAUGUAAUACAAUACAAUAAUAAAAAACUACUGCGAAAUUG